AUGGAGACGGCAGGGAUUGGGCACAGAGAGAGCUGAUGGUCCGGGUUUGUUCCCGGAGUUAAUGUGGACAAAGCUGUAGGAUGGGGAUGGCAACCAGGAUGAUGAAGCCAUGGAUGGGACUGAAGGUUCACCAGGAUGAGCUGAUGGCGGCCAGUAUCGGGGACCUGACUUGGCUCCGGCUCAGCUUAAACAAGAACAAGGGCAACCUGGCCACGGACCAGGCUGGCCACACGGCGCUCCACAUGGCGGCCCUGCACAGCCGGCUGGACUCGCUGCGGGUACUGGUGGAGGAGUUUAACAUGGACGUGAACCAGGCCAGUGUUGAGGGCUGGCGGCCGAUACACAUGGUCAUCAGCAAAGGCCAUCAGAUCCGGGGUCUCCAGUGCCUCAAGUACCUGCUCAGCCACGGCGCCCAAACCGAUGUGCAGACGACCAGUGGGAUGACCGCGCUCCACAUGGCAGCUAACGAGGGGCUGCUGCACUAUCUAAUGACCCUGAUCGAGGCCGGAGCCAAUGUCAACAUCGAGGACAACAGCGACCACAAGCCCAUCGACAAAGCCAAGAUCUGGGGUCGCCGUAGGUGUGCCAAGUAUCUCGCCAGCGUGAUGUGGGAGAGUAACGCCAAUGACAUUGUGAAAGAAAUGAACAAACUGGAGAAGAUGAAGCCUUUGAUGCUGGUGGAAGAAAAGUACAUGAAUGACAUGGAAGAGGAGGAGAAGGAGUACUUUAAUAACGAGGCCUUCAAGUGGUGGUUGGAGAAGAAACACAUGCGUAAUAUCCUGGACAAACCUACUGCCUUCUACAAGAAACGCAGCAAUGCGCCCACGGAAUGGCUGAAACAACGCCGUGAUUCGCUCAUCCUCAACCAGAGCUCCGACCAGCUCAAAGCCGCCCAGGAAUUUGGCAUCAAGAAGAGCCGGGGGUCGUGCCGGAAGGCGACCCCUCCUCGGGACUGGAUCAGGGAGCUGCGGAGACGAGCGCACCCCAAGGAGCUCGACGACCAGACCACCAUGGCAGUAGUGGGCACGGCCCGCAAACCACGCUGGAACCCCAGCACCAACCCCAGCACCCACCCCGUCACCAAAAUCAACCGUCCGGUAAUGCUGAGAACAACCGUGGACCCCAAGAGGGUGCUGAAGGAUUAUAACUUUGAGCCGUUUUUCCGGCUUGGGGUGAGCAAGAUGGGACGUCCCGAGCUGCGCACAUACAUUGGCUGGCAGGUAGGCCGAAUGCCCAGCCUUCCUGACCACGUCAUCAGGAAAAACCUCUUCCCCUUCACAGUCUUCUCCCGCCUGCACUACCCCGAGAACUUCCGCUCUCCCAACAUCCUUACCGUCCUGAGGAAGCGCCGGCCCCCAAGCGACCGUCUCCCCGUCUCUGAGAUAGGACUGCACCUGCGGGAGGUCCUGGAGCCCGAGGCCUUCACUGCCUACACACAGACCCCCACCGACAAGCCCCCCACCCCCAAACCUCCCACUACCAAGCCCCCUAAACACGACCUGUCUGCCUGCCUCGUCCCUCAGCCCCCCACACACACGCAGCCCGCCGUCAGCACUUACUGCUCGCAGCCCUGACACAGCCAGACACUGGAUGGUGAGCGGUGGGGACUGGACAGUGAGGGGCAGAGACUGGAUGGUGAGCGGUGGGGACUGGACAGUGAGGGGCAGAGACUGGAUGGUGAGCGGUGGAGACUGGACAGUGAGGAGCAGAGACUGGAUGUCUGAAGUGUCUUGCUUACAUUGGGAAUGUGAAUGAUCCCUGCACCUGCUCGCCAGGGCCCAAAGGUCACUGUGGUAUCUGCUGUGGUCACUGCCCCACCUAGUCGCACAUCAGACAUUUCCCUCCCAUCUCCCUCCC